GAUGGCAUCGCCGAGUACGAGCUGAACUUCGAGCGAGCCAGUCCGACAGUGCGCGUGCAUCGUCACGUGCAAGUGGCGCCCUCUUUGCAGCGGUCCCGCAGUCAGCCCAUUCGUGCAGCCUACCCACCCGUUUUUGCGAGGUUCCGUCGCACUUCCCCCAGCUUGGCGUCGGACAUGCUUCCGUUCCCUCCGUUCCGGGAGUCGUCCCGAAACGUCGUCACUCUCCAAAAAUGGUCCCGGCUCCACAAAGUGGCGUCCCCGACUCGGAGCCGCAGCUGCUCUCCCGCUAAAGAACCCGCCAAGAAGGACGCGGAACCCAAGAAAACCCGGUCUAGUUCCACUGAAACGACUAUUAAAAGUGUGCGGACGAAGCAGACGAAACGGUCUGCCAAGCCCGAGUUGACCGGGAACGGCAAGACGCGCAAAAAGCGCGGGAAAGAAGACGAAACCAUGAUCCCCGUGAGGAAACCCGUCAUUGUAGAGGCGAAAGUCGUGGCGGCGACUCAGUGCAAAACGAAUAAGUCCUUGUCUCGCGGGGUUGCGAAAACCAGUAAGCCAGAGACGAUCAGUAAUAAGUCGUAUCACGCCCGAUGUGGGACGCCCGUGGAGAAGGAUCCGUUUUUGCCGACUGUGAAGUCGACUAGGAAGAAGCCCGUGGAGAAGAAACGAGAGGAUGUUGCUGUCCCACCGCCGCCGCCGCCGCCGAUGCCGCCGUCCAUUGUGCACAAUAUGUCCUUCAGUCCGCAGUCUCGAGACACGAAUGAGACCGGAUACGGGAGUAUGCUGGAAAUUACUUGCGGAUCCCCGGACUCGAAAGCUGACCCAGGCGCUUUUCAGAGGGGGGAAGACCGCAGUUCUCGAGGCCAGACGAGCCCUCGUCAGCAGCAAAGCCGUCGCUGCCAGUCUCUGGAGAACCCGACCGAAGUGCGUCUCACGGGCUACUCGGCCCGUCGGAACCCAGUGACGGAAUCCGUGUUCCGGCGCCAAGACGCCGGCCUCAAGCGAACCCAUUCCACAUUGAUGACCAAGUCUUCGCAUCCGGAUGUUUAUUACACCAGACCAGAGAAAUCCGCAACGUUGCCCAAGUCCACUCAGUUGGUGAAGCAAGCUGUGAAGAAGCGAGAGUCUUCGGAUCCGCGCGGGAACACGAAAACCGGGGCCCCGAACAUGUCGAUCCUGGCCUCGAUCGAUCCCAACAAAUACCAUCGCUACAUUUACGAAUUAUUUCACUCUUCUCAGAAAUCCGACAAAUUCCAGCGACUGAAGAAGUUGUAUUUCACCCUGGAGAAGGUGGCUUCGUUGGAGAAAACCGCCACGAACGCGGUAUUGUUGCAGCUCGCGCGAGAGAAUUUAAUCGACUUUGAUAACUGGAAGCAAUUCCGAGCCACUCAGCGUGCCAAAUCCGAGUUGGAAGACUUGCGGGGUCAGUUGGAAACUGCGCAGAAGGAAAGGAAUUUCCACUUCAGAUGCAAGGACGAGCGUCAGGUGCGAUGGAGAGGCGAUAUGAACCUCCGAUUGCGGGAUUCAUCCGUAGAAGACCUGCGUCAAAAGUUCUCCAACAACGCGACCUUUUUGAAACCCAGGUGCGCGUCUGUGCCGAAAGACACGUACAAGCCGCUUUGGCGCAGCUCGUCAGUCCAAAACGUCGCUCGUCGCUUCGACAGCAUUGAAAAGCAACACGUGGAAUCCCAGGUUCGCCAAUCCAGCCCGAGCCCGACUCGUCGCGCCUGGAGCCUGUCCACUGACCAACUCACGUCUCUGAGGGGACAAUUGGACGGGAUUUUAGCCAAGAGCUCCAGGAACUCCAGACCCCGGAAACCCGCGAAAUGCAGCACGCUUCCGCUCCCCAAGAAACCCGCGGAAGUGACCAAGUGCGAAGAACCCGCGUUUGCGAGCAUGACCUCGCCGCGCACCAUGUCAUCCAUGACUCUUUCCGAAGACCAGACGAGUAACGCGGACAAAUCCAGCUUCGUCCUAGUGCUGAAUCCUCCUGGUAACAAGUGCAGGGGACUCAGUGAGUCGACAGACAGCUUCAAAUCCGGCGAGACCGUCGUCAAGCCAACAUUCGAUUCCCGAGUCAAGUUUUUCGAGCAGAAGGGCUUAAUUACCCCUGCGCCCGACAUUGAAACCGGGCUCCACACCCUGGGGCUAGAACAAGAUCAGCGUCCGCUCGGGAACAUUGAUGCUUUGAAUUUGGACGUCAAAGUCUCCGAUUCUCAGAAAGCACCGAUUGAAAUGACUCGACACUACGUGCCUGUAAGAACAGUCUCUUCGCUGGACUUGACGACUGGAACGGAUCGGAAUAAACUCAAGCCCUUUGUCAUGCACGAGAAAGUAAACAGACUGACGCUGUCGAGUUCCAUCGAACAAGAACAGCUGAGGACUCGUUCCCUCGACCGGAGUUGCACCAAGUAUAACCGGACUUACUUGUCCACAGUGAAGUGCGGAGAUGUUCUUCGAAUGAGGCAUAAAAUCGAAGCCCGCCGAAUGAUCGACAGGCAGGUGGAAAGAGAUCUGGCUGCCAAAAGAAAAAAGACUCAGUCCGCGUCGCCGAAACGCGAGGAAAGACCCGAGAAUAAGUCGCCGAAAAUGUUGAAACGCGGGGACGCCGUUUCCGUGUCCCCGCGAUUACUUCGCCCUAGGCAAGUUUUAGACCCCGAGGCGUCCCGAACGAAAACCCUGAGCAGAAUCGUUAAGCGGAUAUCCGAUCGGUUGGAGAAGAGUCACGUGGUUUACGGCGCCCCGAGGUCCCGGUCGUCGCCGGACUUGGUCGUCGACACCGGCCCUUGCGCCAUUUCGACGCCUCUGUCGAGUCCCGUGCGACAGUCCUUCGCGUCGCAGCCAUUUGACCCCUCGAAACACCGACCCAAGGAAAGGUACACUCCGCCGCCCGUCAUCGACACCAGGAGUAGUAGGCAUUGCCAGCCCCGACGUGUCGAUAGUGGGCACAACAUUGUCGGUGUGCCGUAUGUGCCACACGUGUCGUCGAGAAGAGCCAACUCCUGGAAAGGACCCGUGCAAAAAUACCAGGAAAGCGAGGUGAACAUUCAUUACAGGACACCGGUGAGGUUGGAAGAGAAAACAUGGAUCCCGGAGCAGCAGUUGCGUAUGCAGCAGGAAGCUGCGCUGAGAAAACGCUAUCAGGAGGAGAGGAGGAAGAAAUAUUUGCAAGAGCUGCAAGAUUCGGAGAUGCGACGGCAUCAGGAUUAUAUGAGGCCUCCUCCAGUCAUCAUUCAGCGACCGAGAUGGAGUGAAGACAAGAGGAUCACUGCCAGAGCCCUUUACGACUUCCACGCGCAGAACGCGAAAGAAUUGAGCUUCAUGAAAGGAGAUCUGAUUUACGUUGGACGGAGAAUAGACAAGAAUUGGUACGAAGGUGAGAGACAUGCUUCCAGAGGGAUCUUCCCGGUUUCCUACGUUGAACUUAUGAACGGGCCUUGGAUGAAUAAUCCGGGCCAGGCGAUGGCCAAAUACGCUUUCGUGCCUCAACUGCCGAACGAGAUCGGCUUCUCGAAAGGUGAGCACCGUUUAUUUUUCUGC